ACGCUAGCGUUAGGCAGCGUUUUUUUAAAAAAAAAAAUCUCUAGGCUAUAAACACUCCCAAAACACUCCCAAAUAUCCCACAAUGCAUCAGAAAACAUAACAGAGCAUGUGUCGGAGCCAUUUUGUUUGGAGAGAGAGAGAGAUAGUGAGAGAGGAGACAGCAUAUUUCAGUUGCUAGUAAUUUUUGGCAUCUUGUCAAUUUUGAGGAGAAAUAUGGAUCCCGUCCUGCAAAAAGUCGAUGAGGCGAUCAUUCUGAUUGCCUUGCGGAGGCAACGGAGGAGACAGGAGGAGGAGAGAAGCAGGAGACGGCAUCGAUAUUGGGUGCAUCCUAUGGUCUCCCAUCGGGUCUCAACGGGCUAUUUUCAUAAUCUUUAUUCAGAAUUGCGUAUCUAUCCCAACAAAUUUAGUAACUUCACUAGAAUGUCAGUGGCACGAUUUGACGACUUGUUGGAGAGGCUCAGACCGAGGCUGACCAGGAUGGACACUGCAAUGCGCAACUCGAUUUCACCGGAGGAACGGCUCUUAGUGACACUCAGAUACCUUGCAACUGGACAGAGUUAUGCAACCUUACACCAUUACUUUCUUCUUGGUGUAACAACUGUUUCCAGAGUCGUGAAGGAAACAUGUGUGGCAAUAUGGGAGGAAUUGCAUAACGUCGUCAUGCCAGAGCCCACAGAGGAGAUCUGGGAAUCUGUUGUUGACACAUUUUGGGAGAAGACACAGUUCCCAAAUUGCAUAGGUGCCCUUGAUGGGAAACACAUCAGGGUGAGGAAGCCUCCGCACUCAGGAUCCUCAUAUUACAACUACAAGAAAUAUUUUUCCGUGGUCCUACUGGCAUUGUCAGAUGCAAACCUCAAAUUUCUUUUAGUGGAUGUGGGAGCUUAUGGCAGCCAAGGUGACGCCCGUAUUUUUCGAGAGUCGACCUUUGGACGCCGUAUUCAUGCGGGACAAUUGAACAUCCCCGAAAGCAGGCCUCUACCCUGCACUGAGGAACCCAGUUUGCCUCUAGUUAUGGUGGCAGACGAGGCCUUUGGUUUGGCCGAAAACCUCAUGAGGCCAUACAGCGGCUAUGGUCUCAACCGGCAGCAAAAAGUCUACAAUUACAGACUCAGCCGUGCACGCCGCGUUGUGGAAUGUGCAUUCGGGGUGUGCACAGCUAAAUGGCGCGUGUUGCUAACAAGCAUCCACCUUGAUGUAGAGAACGCCAUUAAAGUGGUUCUGGCUUGCUGUGUUCUCCAUAAUUAUCUUAGGGACAAUGACAACAGCAACGUUGAACCGGAGCCCAGUCAACAAUCACAGAGGGUGCAAUUUAUGGACCUACGCUCAACGGCAAGGGUCAUGAGCAUUCGCAACCAAUUUGCUGCAUUUUUUGAAUCCCCAGAAGGAGAGGUGUCAUGGCAGAAUGAUUUUGUGUGAAAGCCAAAAUUUGAAGACACAUUGAUUCCAAUACAGCCAACUUCUGUACAGAUGGAGCUAAAUUUUGAAUAAAGAUGUAUACAGUAUAACUUUCUUUUUUUUGGGGGGAAAUAAAAACAUUUGUCUAACACAAAAAACUGUUCAUAUGUCCAUUUUUCCUGCUGACAAGCGUAUGCUAUGCUUUUUUGAGUCCUUAGCAUAUGCUUGCCUUAAGGCAGAGGGCAAAGGCCAAGCUUACUCCCGUCUGAAGGCAGAGGGCAAAGGAGUCCUUUGCUCUC